AUGGCCGACGCACCCCGGGCCUUGCCCGUCCACCCAAUUGACAAAUAUGGCCCCAAGUUCGUCGAGAAGGCUGACAAGAUUCAUCGUCGAGUCACCAUGAAUGAAGACUCUCAACCGGCCGGUGGCUUCGAUGCCACCCCGAUCCCGCAUGCCCCGCCAGGGUAUACCAUGAAGAUUACCUUCCAUCGCGCAGAUGAUUUGCCCGUCGCAGACUUUGGCAGUUUCUCCUCAGACCCGUAUGUGAAUGCGCAUAUGGUUGUUGACCUCCCCAGGCGCCAUAAGCAAGAUCCCGUCGUGCGCUUUCGUACCCCGACCGUGCACAAGGACACGAACCCCGCCUGGGAAUGCGAGUGGAUUGUCGCGCAUGUUCCCGCGUCUGGGUUCCAGUUGAAAUGUCACCUGAUGGACGAGGACCCGGCGGAUCACGACGAUAAACUCGGGAUUGCCUUCAUCGACGUGCCGGCCAUCUCAGAUGGCUGGGCUGGGUUUAAAGAGAAGCGCUUCAAAGUGAAGAAGCGCUUCGGCAGCAAGCGGGUCUAUGUCUUUACUAAUGUCUCCGCGUUCGCAACUGGUCACCAUAAGGAAUCGUGGUUGACGGUGAGUAUUGAGUGCCUGGGCAAGACUCCGGGAGAGAACGGUGGCCAAAUGUACACCAUUGGACCCAAUCACUGGUUUAAGCACUUCUCUCCCCUGAUUGGCAGACUGGCAGGCAUCAAGGACCAGGUGCAGAGCACCGAUGGCAGUGGCAAGUCCGUCAGUCGUUACAACUUCCAGGCCAUUCAGAUGCAGCUCACAGGACCCGUCCCAGGAGAACUGUAUCAUCGCUAUGUGGAGUUCCGACCCUUUGUGGCGGGCAUGUUCCAGGCGCAAAGUCUACGGGGGCGGAUCCUGCACAAAGCACUUCACCACCAACAUCAGCGCAUCUACAACUUUGAUCGCACAACCCAGCACGGUUCAUUCCUCACUCCAUGUCGCGAGUUGGCCCAGAAGUUCCUGGAAUUUGCGCACUAUGGCCAAGGGGGACGGAUCUUCACUUAUGUGCUCACCUUGGAUGGACAGUUCCGCUUCACUGAGACCGGCAAGGAGUUUGGAAUUGACAUGCUGAGCAAGCACACCAUGCACAGUGAUGUGUCAAUCUAUAUUGCCUACUCGGGAGAAUUCUUCUUGCGCCGUCGCAAAUACCGCCAUCGACACAACUCCCCCGAAGGUCGCGCGGAACGUGCCGAGGCUGAAUCCAACACCGUACCUACCGACGAGUACCCGGUGGAAGAGGAUCAAACUCAACUGGACAAUGGAGAUCUCGACCAGAGCGAAGAAGGGAUUCCAAUUUCCACCAAUCCUGCCGACUACGAAUUGUUUAUUGACAACGACAGUGGCACCUACCGCCCCAACGCAGAGAAGCUCCCUCUUCUGCGGGAAUUCAUGUCCUCCAAUUUCCCCGGUCUUCACGUUACCACUCUCGACUGUCAAGCCGAUGCAGAGCGGAUGGGCAAACUCAAGGAGGAGCAGCGAGAGUUCAAGAAGAACGAGGGCAAUGUGCUCACUUUCCUCCAGCAAAGCAGUGUCUCGUCGUUGUCGAUCUCCAGUUCUGACGAGGAGGAGUUAAAUGAGCGUAGUGGACAACCCAAGCAACGUGGUGACUUGGCGCGUCGUGUGCAUGAGAUGCGUGAUCUUCGCGGGCAGGUGAUGCGGUGGGUAGAGGCGGAUGAGAAGCCCGACGGUCACAAACACAAGCAUCGCUACUUCUCCGGACGAGAACGCGCGGUGUCCACGGGGGGUAUCCCAGUCUCUCAGCGUCCGGAGCCUGAUCGUUCGAUCACUGAGCAGCCUCGAUUGGCGACCUGA